AUGGAACCAAUUUCCAAGUCCAGAACCACACAAUACGAGAAGAUGAUGCAUGGAGGAGAAAACUCAGUAACCCUCCCGAUUGACAUCAUCCUCGAGAUUCUCUCGAGAUCGUCUGCUAAGUCAAUCGCUAGGUUUCGUCUGUCAUCAAAGUUCUCCGAGUCCCUAUUCAGCCGUCCAGAUUUCACCGAGUUACUCCUUACCAAGUCUUCCGCUCGGCCACGUCUCUUAUUCGCCGUCAAAGGAGCCACUGGUGAAGGCUGCUUCUACUCGUCGCCUCAGCUUCACAGUUCAGAUGAAAGGUCUUCUUCUUCUCUCGUACUAGCCGCCGACUUUUAUAUGGACUCCCCUGUAGACAUGUCAUCGGAGAUUUCUGGCCCUGUCUCCGGUUUGAUCUACAUCUCAAAGCGGAAUAUGAUCACAGCGCCCGUGAUAUAUAACCUUAGCACUGGACAGUACACGAGCUUACCCGAACCGAGGAGGGAUUCAAAACGCUAUCUAGGGUUUGAUCCUGUUGAAAAACAAUUCAAGGUAUUGUCCAUCAGCCUUCCACUAGAAAAGUCGAAUCAAGUUCUGACAUUAAGAGCUGGGAGAGUCAUGUCGUGGAGGAAGAUCAACAUUUCAUACCAUGAGCCUUUGUCGGAAGGGAUAUGCAUUAAUGGGGUUGUGUAUUACUUAGCUCGUGGAAUGGGUUACCCUGGUGUGAUUAUAGCUUUGUUUGAUGUUAGGUCAGAAACACUUAGGUUUCUUCACAGACAUGGGGUCGACCGAUUAGAUAUUUUUUCUUCUAUUAGAGUAAUAAAUUAUAAGGGUAAGUUCGGUCUGAUUGGUUUGCAACAGUACACUGGAAGGCAUGAAACUGAAUUGCGUUUGUUUGUUCUAGAAGAUCUUGUUGAGAAACAAGAACGGUGGUCGAGGGAUAUCUUCAGAGUGAAAUCAGUCAAAGAGGUUGAUGUUCCCGUCGUUGUCGCUGGAGUAACUGCUACAGGUGAAACUGUUUUGUCCAUGGACUCUGUAUCUAAACCCUUCUAUGUUUACUACUUCAAUCCCGAAAGUGAAACUACCGAAAGAGUUGAAAUCCGAGGUUUUGAAGCUUGUGAGUAUCGUAGACGAGUUCACAUAUUUAUAGACCAUGUCGAGGAUCUCAAGUUUAUAACAUAA